AUGAUCACAGCUGCGAGGAUCCCGGACAGGUUGUUCCCGGGAGAUAUAGAGAAGAUAUUCGCCUUCCAAGAGCUGAUAGGGAAUGUUGGUUUUGCCGUUGGCCCGACUAUCGGUGCUGGCCUAUUCCAAGUGGGUGGCUUCCACACCUCCUUUAUUGUGCUCACUGCUAUUCAUUUCGGUGUCAUGGUGCUGAUGCUAGCCACAUGGGUUCCGAUACCCCCGGCUGCCUCAUUGCCGACUAGUGAUGGUGCUGCUCAGAGUGGUCGGAAGGUCGUGGGAGUGAGCGAAAUCCAUGAUCACAUCCGUGAUACUUUCAAUGAGAAUCUAUAA